GUACACAGAAACGGGACACCGCACGAUCCGGACUGACCCGAGACACACGGGGACAGAGGGACACGGGGACAGAGGGACACGGGGACAGAGGACACAGAGACACAGAGACACAGGGACACGGGGACAUGAAGGAGGCCGAGGGGCUGCGCUUACGCCGCCAACAGCCGCGGGUCAUCACCGAGGAACCGCGGGACAGACUCCACAACGGAGACAGGACGUACAGUGGGCGGGUCUUCCAGGUCACCUUCCUGUCUGUGGGCGGAGUCCUGCUCAUCCCGAUCCUGAUCCUGGUCCUGGUCCUGGAAUCUCCAAUCCACCCAGAACCCUUCAGUCUGAGAGAGCCCCCCCUGCUGGAGGGAUGCUGGGCCCCAAACCUGAAGCUCCGAUCGGCUCAAAGACUCUACGAGAACCAAGUCCAGGGUCCAGAGUCCAUCACCAACAUCGGAGAUGUCCUGUUCAGUGGAACGGCCGAUGGAAGAAUUGUGAAAAUGGUCGGACGCCGAGUCCACACAGUGGCACGACUCGGCAAACAGCCCUGUGGGUCUCCGGAGGAUGAGCCGACCUGUGGACGACCUUUGGGGAUUCGUGUGGGACCAAACGGGACGCUGUUUGUGGCCGACGCCUAUUUAGGAAUCUUCAGAGUCCACCUGAGCACAGGGGAGGCGGAGCGUCUGGUGGUGGGCGGGCAGAUGGUCGGGGGGCGGAGCCUGGGUUUUAUAAACGACCUGGACGUGACUCGAGACGGACGCCGCGUUUACUUCACCUCCAGCUCCUCCAGGUGGCAGCGCCGAAACUUCCUGCACCUGGUCAUGGAGGCCACUGACGACGGACGGGUCCUGGAGUUGGACGUGGACUCUGGGGAGGUCUCAGUUCUGAUGGAUCGUCUCCGGUUUCCAAACGGACUCCAGCUCCUUCCUGAUGAAGAGUCUGUGCUGGUGUCUGAGACCACCAUGGCCCGGAUCCGCAGGAUCCACGUUGCCGGUCUGAAUAAAGGAGGGAUGGAGACGUUUGUGGAGAACCUUCCGGGUUUUCCUGAUAACGUGCGGCGUAGUUCCAGCGGGGGCCUGUGGGUGGCGAUGUCCUCGGUCAGACCCAGUCCUGGAUUCUCCAUGUUGGACUUUCUGUCGCAAAGACCCUGGAUCAAGAAGCUCAUCUUCAAGGUCUUGUCUCAGGAGAUGAUGUUGAAGCUCGUUCCUCGGUACAGUCUGGUGGCAGAGAUCCAAGAUGGCGGCGUGUGCGUGCGCAGUUUCCACGACCCCGGCGGCGAGGUGGCGGCGUACGUGAGCGAGGCUCAUGAGCACGACGGCAGCCUCUACAUCGGCUCCUUCCGCUCGCCAUAUGUCGCCAAGCUCGACCUCUCACAGGUCUAGUCCCGGUCUAGACCCGGGACCCGGUCUAGUCCUGAGACCUGGAUGAACUGUGGACCGUUUGGAUCAAAGACUCAAAUGUUUUUUUCAUUUUCGAGGCCAAAUUGAUUUUAUUUUUCUUUUUUUGUCUUUUUGUUUCUUGUUUUUCAGAUUUAUUUAAUUUUUCGUUUAAAUGAAAUUAUAUUUUUAUCUUGAGUUUUUUCUGUCGUUUCACAACUAACCCAGAUGCCCUCCCGCCUCAAAACUGCAACUGCUCCUCAGGCUCCUGGGAACCAGGACUAAACCAGGACUAAACCAGGACUAAACCAGGACUAAACCAGGACUAAACCAGGACUAAACCAGAACUAAACCAGGAUGGAACCAGGACGGAACCAGGACUAAACCAGGACUAAACCAGAACUAAACCAGAACUAAACCAGAACUGAACCAGAACUGAACCGGGCCUGUGGGGCGUCUCCUGGAGCAGAUCUUCAGGUUGAUGGUUUGAUUUCUGUUUGAAUAAACGGAGCUGCUCCUG